UUAAUAAACAAAACUGAAACCUUACCUGUAUUUCAUUUUUCAGCAUCUUUUCAAAAUGUAGCCAACAACUGGAAGAAGGCCAGCUAUACAUCCGACAUAAAUUCAGAACCCGAAAUUGCUGGAAAAAGGAUUCCAAAAAAGAAACUGUGCUCCAACCACAUCUACUCAUCGGAUGAUGAGGCACCAGAACAACCACCUCUUAAAAAAAGAAAAACUGCAGACAAAGAAAGUGUUCCACCAGCACCAAAACCUCCAUCAAUUCCAAAACGCACAAAGAAAAAAGGUCCUGUUGUGCAACCUCAGGUUUUGCAGAGCAGAGCUGUAAACUCUUUAAGCAACUCAUUUGUUAAUCAGCAACAAAGUGAUAUGGAAGACCAACAGCAGACCUGGUGUGAGAGUCUCCCCAGCUUUCAAGCUCCAGUGCGUGUUUCUCAGCCAGACCAUCACGGAGACGGUUGGAGUAUUGAUCCACCUAACACACAAGACCACACCUUUUCUGUCAUGAGACCCUCAGGGGACCACCUUGGAAGAACGCAGACGACUGUGGGCAUCUCUCAGGCAGACCAUCACGGAGCCGGCUGGAGUGUUCAUCCACCUAACACACAAGAGCACACCUUUUCUGUCCUGAGACCCUCAGGGGACCACCAAGGAAGAACACAGACGACACUGGGCAUCCCUCAGGCAGACCAUCACGGAGCCGGCUAUGGUGUUGAUCCACCUAACACACAAGAGCACACCUUUUCUGUCCUGAGACCCUCAGGUGAUUGUGACCACCAAGGAAGAACACAGACGACACUGGGCAUCUCUCAGCCAGACCAUCACGGAGCCGGCUAUGGUGUUGAUCCACUUAACACACAAGAGCACACCUUUUCUGUCCUGAGACCCUCAGGUGGCCACCAAGGAAGAGAACAGAGUACUUCUGGCGUGAGACAGGAAAAUCCAGUCUUGCGUCUGGUUCCAAAUCAAUGUACAUCUGUAGAAAGGGCCAUUCUAGAAACACUAGAGAAAAUGGACAUGAAGAUAAACCACCUGACUUCACUGGUCCAGUCUCUAGUGGGAAACAGGCGCUUUUUACCCCCAGUGGCAGAGCAAAAUGAGGAGGAAGAUGGAAUCUUUCCUCUAGCAUCCACUGAGGAUCUAGACCGGCUGGAGCAAAGUCUGUCAGACAGAGGUUUUAUGCAGAGAAUGGUGAACAGAUUAUCCAUCAGCGGCGGGCCAAAUGUGAAGAAGACCGUCUGGAGAAUCUGCUCCAAGGUGUUCAGCACCAACGUCGCCCGCCAGCUGAACUGGUGUGGAAGAGGAGACAAGCGGGGGAUAAGAAAAUCGAAUAUCGGGUCUCUACUAACCGCUUCAGCCAUGAGGAAUCCCGUCCUGCCGUCACCAACGGAAGCAGAGGCGGAGAAAUAUAUCAAAGAUUUCCUCCGCUUGGCCCCAGGGAGGGUGUAAUUGUUUAUUUAAUUUUAAUCUUAAUUUAUUUAAUUGUUUUGUUUGAAUAUGGCGUUAUGUUAAUAUGUAUUUUUUAAUUUUAAUCUUAAUUUAUUUAAUUGUUUGUUGUUUUGUUUGAAUAUGGCGUUAUGUUAAUAUAGAUUUUUAUAAUUAAUUAAAAGUUGUAAUCAAUAUAAUGAAUUAGAAAUACGUUUUUGCCUAAUAAAUAUUUUUAAAACCAUCAACAAAUGCGUGUUUUAUUGUGGUUAUUUA